AUGCAUACCAGCAUCCCCAACUCCCGGCACUCCCCAUCGUAUACGUUUUCAGGUCAUGGAGAACGCAAAGGCGUCAACAAGUACUACCCGCCCGACUAUGACCCUUCCAAGGGCGGGCUCAACAAGUUCCAGGGCACGCACGCGCUGCGCGAGCGUGCCCGCAAGCUGCACCUGGGCAUCCUCGUCAUCCGCUUCGAGAUGCCGUACAACAUCUGGUGCGACGGAUGCGGAAAUCACAUAGGCAUGGGCGUCAGGUACAACGCCGAGAAAUCCAAGAUUGGAAUGUAUUACACGACUCCGGUGUAUCAGUUCCGGAUGAAAUGCCACCUGUGUGACAACUACUUUGUCAUCAAAACAGAUCCAGCGAACCUGGACUACGAGGUGUUGUCGGGCGCCCGGCGCCAAGAGCGCCGCUUCGACCCGGCCGAGAACGGCACCGUGGUGCCUGACGAGCGGGCCAAGAUCCAGAAACUGUCCACCGAUGCCAUGUUCAAGCUAGAGCACGGGCGCCGACGACGUAGACAAGCUGAAGAGCUCGACACGGAGGACGACCGCCGGCUCGCCGCCCUCAUGCGGCUGCAGGACCCCGCGGAUGUGUUGAGGCAGCUGAGCUAG